CGUUGCCCAAUUGCGGAUCCACAUUUCUCUCACUCUCUCGAAUUCCCUCCGCCCUUCCUCCGCCGCCACAGUCUACAUACGCCGCUACUGUCUUUCCUGCUAUCCUUUCAUAUUCAUAUCUACGGGAGCUCGUCUUUUUGCGGACGAACAACUACAAGGAAAGAAUGGCACACAGACUGCUGAGGGACGCCGACGCUGACGGUUGGGAGCGCUCUGAUUUCCCAAUUAUAUGCGAAUCGUGCCUUGGCGACAAUCCAUACGUCCGAAUGACAAAAGCUGAUUACGAUAAGGAGUGUAAGAUCUGCACUCGACCGUUUACGGUGUUCAGGUGGAGGCCCGGUCGCGAUGCAAGAUACAAGAAAUCUGAGAUAUGCCAAACUUGUAGUAAGCUGAAAAAUGUUUGUCAGGUUUGCCUUUUGGAUCUUGAGUAUGGAUUGCCCGUUCAGGUCCGCGAUACUGCUCUGAGUAUUGAUUCUAACGAUGCUAUUCCGAAGAGUGAUGUGAACAGGGAGUACUUUGCAGAGGAACAUGAUCGCAAGGCAAGAGCUGGGAUAGAUUAUGAGUCUUCAUUUGGAAAGGCUCGCCCAAAUGAUACUAUUUUGAAACUCCAGAGAACUACACCAUAUUACAAGAGAAACCGAGCUCAUGUUUGCAGUUUCUUCGUUCGUGGUCAAUGUACAAGAGGCCCAGAGUGCCCUUACAGGCACGAGAUGCCUGUUGAAGGUGAAUUGUCUCAACAAAACAUUAAAGAUCGUUACUACGGAGUAAAUGAUCCAGUGGCUAUGAAGCUAUUGAGCAAGGCUGGAGAAAUGCCUUCUCUGGAGCCUCCUGAGGACGAGAGCAUUAGAACGCUGUAUGUGGGAGGGCUUGAUGCUAGGAUUACUGAGCAGGAUCUAAGAGACAACUUCUAUGCGCAUGGAGAAAUUGAGUCUGUCAAGAUGGUUCUCCAGAGGGCUUGUGCAUUCGUGACUUACACAACACGAGAAGGUGCUGAGAAAGCAGCUGAGGAACUUUCCAACAAACUAGUUAUUAAAGGCUUGAGGAUGAAGUUACUGUGGGGCAGACCCCAAGCUCCAAAGCUGGAAUCUGAAGGCUCUGACGAAGCAAAUCAGCAAGCAGCAGUGACUCACAGUGGGCUGCUCCCAAGGGCAGUCAUAUCGCAGCAACAGAACCAGCCUCUUCAGGCUCCCCCGCCUGGCGCUCAAACACAACCGCCGCCUAUGCCAUAUUUCAACAUUCCUCCUCUGCCUCAGCAUGAGAGGGCAUAUUAUCCUUCUAUGGAUCCCCAGAGGAUGGGCGCUCUCAUUCGGUCUCAAGAGGGGCCUUCCAGCGGGUCCUCUGGAUCUAAUGAAAAUAGAAGCGGUUCUGAACAGCAGCAUCAACAAGCUCAGCAGUAUGGCUACCCAAGCAUGGUGCCCCCUCGGGGUCAAUUUUACCCACCAUACUACCCGCAGUAUGGCCACAUGGGACCGCCUCCUCCAGUGCCGCCGUCUAAUCAACACUACCCUCAACAGUAUCAAGGUAGUGUGCCUGCAGCUCCACCCCCUCCAGCUACUGGGACAUCACAGCAGCCAUGAAUGCUGCAUUCAUUGUAUCACAUGCUUGUUUGUCUUGAAACCAGUUUAAACAAAAAACAAUCCACCAACCACAGUAAUGACUUGAAAAAGUUUUGUAGCCUUGUCUUGGUCUUACUUUUCAAGUUCUCAUAUCUUGAUCUAGGCUGUUGAGGAACACACAACACCUUAGAUUUUCAAUUAUGUUUCCUCUUGUAUUUUGUUUUCA